AUGGGGAGAAUUCCAUGUUGUGAGAAGGACAAUGUGAAGAGGGGACAGUGGACUCCUGAGGAAGACAACAAGCUCUCUUCCUACAUAGCUCAACAUGGCACUCGUAACUGGCGCCUCAUCCCCAAGAAUGCCGGUCUCCAGAGAUGCGGUAAGAGCUGCAGGCUGCGAUGGACUAACUACCUUCGUCCUGACCUGAAACAUGGCCAAUUCACAGAUGCAGAAGAGCAAACCAUUGUGAAGCUUCAUUCUGUUGUUGGCAACCGAUGGUCGUUGAUUGCUGCUCAGUUGCCUGGCCGCACCGACAAUGAUGUUAAGAAUCACUGGAACACCAAGCUCAAAAAGAAGCUUUCAGGCAUGGGAAUCGAUCCGGUUACUCACAAGCCCUUCUCUCACCUCAUGGCUGAAAUCACCUCACUAGCCCCUCUACAGGUCGCUCACCUGGCUGAAGCAGCCCUUGGCUGCUUUAAAGAUGAAAUGCUUCACCUCCUUACCAAGAAGCGCAUAGACUUCCAGCUCCAACAUAAUGGUCCAGCACCGGCCAAUACUAUAGCCACUUAUAUUACCAAUAAACAUGAUGAAAAAGAUGAUACCAUUGAGAAGAUCAAGCUCGGAUUAUCAAAGGCUAUACAAGAACCUGACAUGAUACCCUCAAACAAGCCUUGGGACUGUGCUGGUACAACAUCUGCAAAUUUUGCUGGGGCAUACAGUGGUUUUCCUGCAACUACAUCUGGAUUUCUCUAUGGCCCGUCAUCUUUUGGCAAUGAAGGGGAUGGGUCUCCAUGGAACCAGAGUAUUUGUACUGGAAGCACAUGCAUGGCUGGAGACCAGCAAGGCCAGUUGCAUGAGAAACUUGAAGAUGAAAAUGGAGAGGAGUCCACGGGUGGAAAAGAAACUAGAAAUGGUUCUAGUGUAUUCAAUUCAGACUGCGUCCUAUGGGAUAUACCAUCUGAUGAUCUGAUGAAUCCCAUAAUUUAAGGGAGUUAUUACAAGACUGGGAAAAGGAGCAACAAUACAAUCU